AUGUUGAUGAAGUUUGGUCUUCCCAGUGCUGAUGCCUGGAGCAAAGUGCCUACCCUUGAAACUCCAGUAGCUCCGAGCCCAUUCACCUGUCAAUACUUGACUCAAUUGUAUGAAUUCACCAUGAAAGGUUCGACUCCAUUAACCAUUGCCAUUAUUUAUUUCACUUCGGUGCAUCUUAUGAAUAAGGUUGUCAGGAAUAGACAAGUUCGUAAACAACAGGAAUUGGAGAAAACGAGUGAUUAUAAAGGGGGAAAAGGACAGAAAAAGCAAAGAUUACCAGCUGCUCCUUAUUCCAUCUCCAAGACUCCGUUAUUCAAAGUCUUUGUCAUCUUGCACAAUAUAUUUUUAUGUGCUUAUUCUGUAUGGACAUUUAUUGGAAUCACAACCACAAUUGCAUCAACCAUGGACAUUUUCAAAUUAGAAUUGAUUCCAUCAUUUUAUCAAACUCUUAAAAUUGAAAACUACACCUUGCAAAAAUUAGAUGUGUUUUUCCAAAGUGUCUGUGACCCCAAUAGUGGAAUUUUUUCCAGAGUCAUUACAUCAACUCAAGGAUUGCAUAACUUGGAAAUAUUGGGUUUCUGGUUUUAUAUUUCUAAAUUUUACGAAGUUAUUGACACCAUUGUCAUUCUUCUCAAGGGACGUCCAUCAUCAUUAUUGCAAAGUUAUCAUCAUGCUGGAGCCAUGAUGUGCAUGUGGGCUGGAGUUAGAUUCCAAUCGCCACCAAUUUGGAUCUUUGUUGUAUUCAAUUCAUUCAUCCAUUCAUUAAUGUAUCUCUACUUUACGUUAUCUUGUUUCCAUGUUAGAGUCCCUCAAGUGUUUAAAAGGAUGUUGACAUCGAUGCAAAUCACUCAAUUUGUUGUCGGUGGCAGUAUUGCUAUUUUACAUUGUUUUGUUUGGAUUAUUGAUACUAGUAAAAUGGUUAGUGCCGAGAACAUGGAGUUGGUGAAUUGUAUCAGCACUCCUGAUCAAGCAUUACCAGUGUUGAUUAAUGUUGCAUAUUUGACCCCAUUAACGGCUUUAUUUGCUGCUUUUUACAUUGAAAGUUAUUUCAAAAAGAAGACCGCUUAG